AUGGACAUAGCAUUGAUUGUGAAUGUUGGCGUAAACAAGGACAUCACAAUCUCGGGACGCCGCUGGCACCAGUCUGAGGUCACAAGAUGCGAUGGGAUUAUAGAGACCAAGUCACACAUGCACAAGAAGGAACCGCUGAGAAGCCUUACGCUAGGCAGUAGUUCUAGCAAGGCACCUGAUGCGUGGAAAGAUGAAGUUGUGGCUCUAGGUCUUUCCAAGGCGAAGUGGCGUAAUUACGCCGACGCGUUCUUCGUGGCUCUAGGUCCACUGUUAAAGCCCGUUUAUGGGAGAUGCCUGGCUGGUCUAGAGGAUGACAUGGCUAGAUUUAUAGUAAUCGGUACAUACUUAUUAGUCAGAAUGUAUUCCAGCGGGUGGAUGAGUGAUGGUACCGUGCAAAUAUGGAAUGCGCACAUCCGCCGCACGCUUUUCCUUUGCCAGCUCCUACAGAGAGAGAGCUAA